AUGUCCUACCCGCAGUUUGGGUACCCCUACUCCUCGGCACCCCAGUUCCUGAUGACCACCAACUCCCUGAGCGCGUGCUGCGAGUCCGGCGGCCGCACGCUGGCCGACUCCGGGCCAGCUGCCUCGGCCCCAGCGCCCGUCUACUGCCCGGUCUACGAGAGCCGGCUGCUGGCCACCGCGCGCCACGAGCUCAACUCGGCCGCGGCGCUGGGCGUCUACGGGGGCCCCUACGGCGGCUCGCAGGGCUACGGCAACUACGUGACCUACGGCUCCGAAGCGUCCGCCUUCUACUCGCUGAACAGCUUCGACUCCAAGGAUGCGCCGGGAUCUGCGCAUGCGGGCCUCGCUCCCGCCGCUGCCGCCUACUACCCUUAUGAGCCGGCGCUGGGCCAGUACCCGUAUGACAGGUAUGGGAGCAUGGACAGCGGCACGCGGCGCAAGAACGCCACGCGCGAGACCACCAGCACGCUCAAGGCCUGGCUCAACGAGCACCGCAAGAACCCCUACCCCACCAAGGGCGAGAAGAUCAUGCUGGCCAUCAUCACCAAGAUGACCCUCACGCAGGUCUCCACCUGGUUCGCCAACGCGCGCCGGCGCCUCAAGAAGGAGAACAAGAUGACGUGGCCUCCGAGGAACAAGUGCGCAGAUGAGAAGCGGCCCUACGCCGAGGGCGAGGAGGAAGGGGGCGAGGAGGAAGGCCGGGGGCAGCCCCUCAAGAGCACCAAGGCUGAAGAGCCCGUCGGCAAAGGCAAGGACCUGGAGCUCAGCGACUUGGAGGACUUUGACCCCCUGGAGGGAGAACCCCCAGAGUGCGAGCUGAAGCCUCCCUUCCAGCCCCUGGACGGCGGUCUGGAUCGCAUUCCCACCGGGCCGGAAGGGCCCAGCGCCCCGGGGAAGGAGGCUCCGGGCGCCCUCCGGCUGCCCCUGGCCUCCGGGGGCGGGGCCGCUCUGGACCAAGACCUGGAGAGGGCCCGGAGCUGCCUCCGGAGCGCGGCGGCCGGGCCGGAGCAGCCGGCGGGCGCGGGGAGCGGCCCGCAGGCCUGCGAGUCCAAGCUGGGCUUCGAUCCCUCUGGGGCCUCGGCCGGCCUCGAGGCCAAGCCGCGCAUCUGGUCCCUGGCACACACGGCCACCGCGGCCGCCGCCACCGCCUUCAGCCAGACUGAGUUUCCCUCGUGCAUGCUCAAGCGCCAAGGGCCCCCCGCGGGCCCUGCGGCCCCCUCCUCGGCGCCCGCCUCCUCCUCGCCCUCGGCCCCGGUCCCCGCCGGUGCCCUGGACAGGCACCAGGACUCCCCGGUAACCAGUCUCAGAAACUGGGUAGACGGGGUCUUCCACGACCCCAUCCUCAGGCACAGCACUUUGAACCAGGCCUGGGCCACAGCCAAGAGCGCGCUCCUGGACCGGGGGCCGCUGGGCCGCGCGCUGGGGGCGGGCGCCAACGUGCUGACCACGCCCGUGGCGCGCCCCUUCCCGCCCGCCGCGCCCCCAGACGCCCCCGCCGCCGGCGCCGCCAAGGACCUGCUGGCCGUGCCAAAGGCCGGCGGCAAGCCCUUCUGCGCCUAA